AGCGAAGCCUCCACAGCGAGGUUCCAACUUUCUAUCGACCCCGCUGGUAGACGCCGAGCCAAUAAAGCUGUCGGUCCUUUUUUCUCUCUCUCUCCUAUGUGCUUCGCGCCCUCUCUGCUGCUGCUGCUGCUGUUUUUUUACUUUUCUUUUAACCCGGUCUUGUCGCUUUCGUAGCAACGGAAGAACUGCGGAGAACUCUCACUGACGCGAUUUUGUUGCAGCUCUGGCGCUGUUCACGUAGAUCCCCGACCAUGCUCCAUGAAGCUCCUCUCAGCUGAUGUACUCCUCAUUUCUUGAACGCGUGCUCGGCUACUCGCCCUUUACCACGGCUACAGCCAACAAGGCAGAAGCCAGCUCCAGCGCUGCUUCAGAAAACAGCACGUCUGACAGCGCCGCCCCACGGCUGUGUAUCAGCGACAGCACUCAGUACCGUGCCACCACCAGACCGUACCAUUGCAGUCAAAAUCAAGUGCCUCGCGUGCGCACUACCGGUUUAAGUAAAGCAGAUGGCGAUAGCUGCGCACCAACUGCGCUGGAGCGUGGCAGUAACGGGUCUGUGAAUGCCCUGCUCAGCGGCCCCCCGUCCUCGCCUUCCACCAACAGCGCGAAUAAGCCGAAUAAAUCGCCCAAACUGGCUAUCAACGCGUCACGCAGCAGUGGGGAGCGGAGCAACACCCCACUGCCGGCUCCCUCGGGCAGCUUUCGUGUUCAUAAACUUCUUCCGCACGCCGCGUCGGCGUCGUCUACUGGGCUCGACACCAUGGCUACGUCCUCCGCUGUCGGCGGACUCACCACGUCGAGCGCCAUCACCGCGUCCAGCGCAGAACAGGUGAAGCGCUUCGAGACCGCUUUGCGAGCGGAUCCGGCUGACGUAGACAAGCUACGUGAACUGAGCUGGCAGGGCUGCCCAGUGCACCUGCGCUACGAGGUGUGGAUGUUCCUCACGGGGUGCUGGAGUCCGCAGGCGGCGACACGCAUGCCAACGGUGUCGCGUCGCCGCAUUGAGUACGCGGCGUACAUCCGUAGCUCCUACGGCACCGUCGACUGGGACGCCGUCUGUGCGUUGGUGGACAGCGGUGUGGAUACGGCGGUGCGACGCUCCACCCUGAAGGCAGUCGACACGGCACCCGCAGGGGAGGUGCAACCGCGGGAACCGGCUCUCACGACAGUAGCUGGACAGACGUCACUUCAGGCAACUCCAUUGACGCCCGCCCUCGCUACCGAGAAGCGAGGUGGGCUGAAGGGUGCAGUAGAAGGUCCGCCAGGCGCCAAUGCUGCUGCCAGUGUUGCUCCCCUGCAGCCGCGGAGAAGUCCCCGUGGACUUCAGCAUUCGUCUGUUUCUUUGGAAGACGUGCAAUCACUUCUGGCGCAGUCCCCCAAACUUGCUUGCUCUGCUCCCUCACUGGAGGCCCCCGGUAUGGUGGCGAACGCCUCUUUCAACUCUGCGAUCAACACGUCCACCACCACCACAUACUUCUCUCCUUCACCGAAGCAACUACCGGCGGCGGACUCUCGCACUUUCUCUACUUCCAAGUCAACUUUCCCGACGACGACCAGCACAGCAAAGCCACUUACCGGCACGUCCACCGGACAUCAGCUGAGCGCCAGCACGAUGCUUGGCUCGAAGGAACUGCAGACACUCAAGCAGAUCCGCAAGGACAUUCCCCGCAUGUCAGGUGGACGCAGCUACCUGCGCCACCCACGCGUGCAGGGUUCCAUCGAGCGCAUCCUGUUUAUUUGGUCGCUGCGUCACCCCGCGUGUGGAUAUGUGCAGGGCAUGAACGACUUGGUGGUGCCUUUCAUGGCGGUCGUGCUGGCCGCUCACUUCUGUCCGACCCGGUCCAUCACCGAGUUGCACUCCUACACGGCGGACAUCUUGGAGGAACUUUGGUCACCGACGGCCGUACCAGUGACGCAGUGGAUUAAUGAGCUUGAGGCGGAGGUGUACUGGCUCACCUCUUAUCUGCUCAACGUGAUGCAGGACAACUACACUAGCAGUCAUGAGGGAAUAACAGCCAUGAUGCGACACCUGGCUGCAGUGGUGCAGGCCGCGGAUCCGCCCCUGUACCACGACAUCGUGGAUACGCUGCAUCUUCACUUUGAGCACUUUAGCUUCCGCUGGAUGAACUGCCUGCUGCUGCGCGAGCUCACCGAGACCCAGUCGCUGCGGCUGCUGGACGCGUACUUGUCCGACGAAGAGCGCAGGUGGAGCCUCACGCAUGUGUACGUGUGCGCGGCGCUGCUGUUGCGGUGGAGCCCGCAGCUGCUCGGGUUUGGUGACGACUACAUCAGUGCGCUCAAGUUUUUGCAGGCCCCGCCGACGGAGCAGAUGUCGCUGCGUGACUUUCAAGACGUUUUGUCGGAGAGCUUCGUGCUGCAAAGCUUGUAUGAGGCCUCUCUUUUGCACCUAACGCUAAGCUUGAAGUAG